UAACCUAAUCAUCAAAGAAACCUAGACAUUUUCUCUCGUCUCGCCGCAGGAGAAAGGAAGCUCUCUUCAGUGACAUUCUGAACUUAAGAAAUGAAGCACAACAAUGUUAUCCCGAAUGGUCAUUUCAAGAAGCACUGGCAGAACUAUGUCAAGACAUGGUUCAACCAGCCUGCCAGGAAAACCAGAAGAAGAGUUGCGAGACAGAAGAAGGCUGUGAAGAUCUUCCCACGUCCCACUGCUGGACCUCUCCGCCCUGUUGUGCAUGGUCAGACCCUAAAGUACAACAUGAAGGUCAGGACUGGUAAAGGAUUCACUCUUGAAGAGCUCAAGGCUGCUGGGAUCCCCAAGAAGUUGGCCCCCACCAUUGGUAUCUCUGUUGACCAUCGUCGCAAGAACAGAUCAUUGGAGGGUCUUCAAUCCAAUAUCCAGAGGCUGAAAACUUACAAGGCUAAGUUGGUCAUCUUCCCGCGUCGUGCCAGGAAGGUCAAGGCUGGUGAUUCUACUGCUGAAGAGUUGGCUAAUGCCACGCAAGUCCAGGGAGAUUACAUGCCUAUCGUCCGUGAGAAGCAAGCAAUGGAGCUAGUGAAGCUGACCUCUGAGAUGAAAUCGGUGAAUGCUUACGACAAGAUUCGUCUAGAGCGCACAAACAAGAGACAUGCAGGUGCUAGAGCCAAGAGGGCUGCUGAUGCUGAGAAAGAAGAGAAGAAGUGAGGAUCCUUUCUUACUAGGUUUAAAAAACUCCGUUAUCUUUGUCAUCGUUUGGAUCUCUGUUUCUUUUUGUGUAUCAGACUGUUUUUCUGUUGUUUUGUCAGUUUUUAUCUACACUUGCUUUUCUGGAUUACUUCCUAGAAGUUUGCCUUUGUUCUACUACAAUCGAUUAUAGUUUAGAGAAUCUUUAUAUGAUUA